CUUGCCUUUUCCUUCACACCUAGCACAAUGGCCAGUAGGAAGUCCACAAAACUGCGUGUACCGCAUUCUCAAGAUGAUUGCGAGCUGGUUGGGAUUUUGGAACAACUGGCACCUAAAGAGUCCACGCAGGGCAGAAAGAUUGCCCUGAUUCUCCACGGGACUAUGGGGCAUAAAGACUACUUGUUCCAAAAGCGUCUUGCACUACGGUUUCCGAUGGACUCAUUCAGAUUUGAUUUCCGCGGCAAUCACGAAAGUGGUGGCCAACGGACACAAGGUGGAUUUGCGAAGGACGUCGAGGACCUCGUGACGGUCGUUUCUUACCUCGGCGAUACGUAUGGGUACGAGAUUGAUGUAGUGGUGGGCCAUUCUCGUGGUUCUGUGGUGGGGAUGUAUUGGCUAUGCACGUCAGAAGAAGGCAAACGUGCUCGUGCUAUGGUCAAUGUGUCAGGCCGUUACCGAAUGCAUCGAAUUUACGACGUUGCCGAGGCCUACAAAGAGCAGUGGGACGCCAAGGGUUACUACGAGCGGACCGUGACAGUUGCUCGACAAGCAGUUGUGGAAAGGAUCUAUCCACGCGAUCUAGAGGAGUUUUCUCAGUGGAAUACCGCGAUUGUUUGGGAUAAAUUUCCUGAUCAAAUCCAUGUUCUGACAAUGCAUGGUCUCGUCGAUAAGACAGUUCCUACGUGAGUGUUUGUGAACUGAUAGCGAAUGACAGGGAAAAAAAUUCCCAUUGCAUCAGAUAUGAUGCAGUUAUUUACUCUCGGGCACUUGGUGCCAGAACGCCUGGAACCCACAGCCUCCAUUUAAUAGAGGAGGCCGAUCACAAUUUUACAAAUCGCCAAGACGAGGUUGUAGACUGCAUCCU